CAAGAGGUUGCUAAGAUAAAUGUAAUUUGUGUACCUGUGAACUGUGGCUAGCUGUUCGACGCUUUCACGUCAUUUAGAAUGGCAAAACAGGAGCUUAUAAGCGCACCAAACCCAGUCAAGGGCCAUUGGUACUGGAAGGACGAAACACAAACAUUGGAAUUUCAAGCAAACAUAAGCCAUAGUAUCAAUGAAAAGGACAGAAAAAGUCGAAGGUCAAAAAAUAUCACAUUUGCUGAUGCAGGGAAAAAAGACAGGGCUACACCAGUAAAAAUUGAAAAAGGUCAGGGAGCAGGAGGCAGAGGUCAUCGUGGACUGACAAAUAAAUCAAGCGUAAAGGGUGGAGCAAAAGAAACAACUGUCACGCUUGAAAGAAUUAAAGAUGUUACACUUGCAUGUUUGAAUGAAGUUAAUUUUUCAACUGAGCUUUUUGAAAUGAGUUUAUUAAGUCUUGAACAGUUUGAUGGCUUUUUACUGGGACUUCUUAACUACUUUGCAUCAUUCUUUGACAAGAUUGCUCUUGAAAACAAACCAAAGCCAAUGACAACGGAACCGAGUCAGAAGGAAAAGAAGGAAAUGGCGAGCAUUAUUGGGAGGAUGGAAGCCACGCAGAAAUGCUUGGCACAAAGUUACUGUGUUCUUGUCUUGGGAUUAGGACUACAAAACCACCAUCACAUGGCUUGUGGAGGAAGUCGAGUUUCGUCAACGUACAGAGAUAGACUGAUGUAUGAAUCCUUGUAUAAGUUCUGCGUAUAUGUUGUGUGGAUAGCAUUUAGAAGGAAAGACUAUGAUGUCAUACACAAAGAGGUUGGGAGAAUUCUAAGAUCAGAUGUCUUCAACCCAGCACUUCGUGUCAAGAAUGCCCCACCAGAAGAUGACCUCGCCGAGCAAGAUAAAAAAUUGCAAACAGAGAUCGACUAUGAAACAUGGAAGAAGGAUAUACUAACCCCAGCUGAGCACAGAAAACUUAAACCAAAACGGCCAGCCAUCACUUCAAUUAUUAAUCAAAGAUCGCCGAUGUUGGUGUCAGUGCUCCCAACUCCAAAAGAAGAAUCCAGCUGGCUGUUUCAGAGUCACAGACCAAAUACAUCUGGGAAUAUGAACAUACAAGAUCAUGGAGAGAAGAUUGUUUUCGGUACAAGGCUCUCUAAAAGGGUUGGCAUAUUGGGUGAACAUUUAAGUGGUUUUAAUCCUAACACACUUGCGGCUGUAGGCUCAGAACAUGAUGAAGAACACGAAGAAACAGAAUCAAGAAGAGAGUCAAUAUUUGGAAGCUCGGGUUCAAAGAGUGGCACCCCAGCAAACCGAGGUUUGAGUCGACAGCUAACUGAAGUAUCCCAUGCAGUGACUGAUGUGUUCUCUGAUGUUGAUGAGGACUAGGAAUCUAUCUCCUAUUAUUCAUACCAUUAUGUCCUAACUGUCAACUGUUCAUUUGGGCAUAUUUGGCUGUCCAUACAAUACCGUCCAUUAAUAAAAUUUAUGCUCAGAAUACUGCCCCAAUAACAACAUUCCAACAAUUGUCCAAAUACACUAUUACUGUAAUGCAAAUUCCCUAUGUUACCACCAUUGAGGUGUUAUAGUAAUAAUAUUUCUAUGCUUAGGCGAGAUUUUUUUUAGUGAACCUGCCGAACGCAAGUAUUAAUGAUUUUGAAUAAAAUAAAAAUUUUAGUUUUGGCCAAUCAGCGCACCCGCUGCCAUGGAAAAUGGAAAUUUCAGAAAAAAAAAAGAAGGUUUUUCUUUAUUUUUAUUACGCCCACCACUGCCUUGAAAUCUCCAAAGAUAAGAUAUGUAUAUUUCUUUCUAAUUAUAUAAAUUUUAAGCAUU